CAUAUCUCCUUUUCUUUUUCCCUUUGUUUAUACAUUUAUUUACGUUUGAUUGAGGUUCCAAAUGGAAACUGUGAAGUACAUAAAGUUGCUUGUUAUUGCAUUUGCUACCAUAAUUCCUACCUUGAAAGCCAACAUUGCUCAUUUUGACAAAGUCUGGCAGCAGCGAGCCAAAGAGGCUUCGCAUGCUGCUCUACAGGCCUACCACCCCAAUCCUGAAGACAUCGUUAACCAUUUCAAUAAGGAAGUUGCCAAGUCCCUAAAUGACUUCAGUAGCACUAGCAGUCAACUAAGCCAACAUAAAAGACCAUGUCAUGCCACAAAUCCUAUUGACCGAUGUUGGAGGUGUGAUGCAAACUGGGCUAGUAACCGCAAGAAGCUGGCUGGUUGUGCCCUAGGGUUCGGCCGGAUGACCACCGGAGGCAAGGACGGGGAUUACUACGUCGUGACGGACCCAUCCGAUGAUGACUUGGUGAACCCGAGAGAAGGUACAUUGCGCUAUGGAGUAAUCCAGGACAGGCCACUCUGGAUAACAUUCGCAGGGGACAUGGUGAUCACUCUAAGCCAAGAGCUAAUUAUAAACUCUAAUAAGACCAUUGACGGCCGUGGGGCUAAUGUGCAUAUCAGCUGUGGUGCUCAAAUUACUAUACAGUACGCGAGAAAUAUCAUCAUUCAUGGCAUCCACAUUCAUGAUAUCAGAGGUGGUAGCGGUGGCAAGAUUAGAGACUCAGAAACACACUUUGGAAAGAGAACUGCUAGUGAUGGAGACGGGAUCUCCAUUUACGGAUCCAAUAAUAUUUGGAUCGAUCAUGUCUCCAUCUCUAAUUGCACUGAUGGCCUUAUUGAUGCUAUAAUGGCAUCCACUGCCAUCACCAUCUCUAACUGCCACUUUACCCGGCAUAACACUGUAAUGCUAUUAGGUGGAAAUAAUAAGUUCUCGGCAGAUUCAGUGAUGCAAGUAACAGUGGCUUUUAACCACUUUGAUCGUAAACUGGUACAAAGAAUGCCUAGGGUUCGGUAUGGACUUGCCCAUGUGGUAAAUAAUGACUACACCAGCUGGGAAAUGUAUGCCAUCGGUGGUAGCGAGCACCCCACCAUCAUUAGCCAGGGUAACCGCUUUCUUGCACCCCCUGAUCCAGACUGCAAACAGGUCACCAAGAGGAAUGUCGAGCCCGAAAGUGAGUGGAAAUCAUGGAAUUGGAGAUCAGAGGGAGAUCUGAUGCUGAAUGGAGCUUUCUUUGUUGAAUCUGGUAGUCCGAUAGAGACACACGGGAAGGAGGAGGUACAUGCAAUGCCGGGGACACUUGUCCACAGGCUCACUCGUUAUGCUGGAGCUCUUCAUUGCAAAAAACAAAAACCUUGCUGACAAAAUUGACAUUGAUCAAGGAGAAGCUGUAGGUGAACCCUGUUUCUGAAGCAGAGUUUUAGUUUAGAGAGCAAGUUUUACAAACAUAUUGUGAUUUUCUUGUGAUUUAGGCCUACUAUCAUUGUCGUGUUGGCUAAUGCUAAUGGCAGUUUUGUUCCUCAAGUACCUUUUGUGUGUAUUAUUCCUCCUUUCACA